CUGGUCGAGUUAGUGCAGGACACGGACCACGACGCCUGGUUCGCUCGGAAGCGGCCUGGGCUGCCCGGAGGAGCUUCGGGAGAUUUGCGGCUGCUCGGCCAUUUUCUGAACUCUGCUCAGCGACGUGUGCUACCGCUGGCGAAGGCAAUGGGGCUUGUGACGCCUAAGGCGUUCGCUGACUGGCCUCAUCCUGGGCUGGAGGCGACCCAGGAGUUCCUCGAGUCGGUGCUCGAGAACGGCGGGGGCUUGCAG